AGUACAUAGUGAGUGUUCGGUACGUCGGCGCGGAUAAAAUCCGGGAAAAAGUGUAUUACUUACGAUUAUUUCGACGUUUUGGUACUGAAUCUACUGUUUACAGAACAAGACUGCUUGUCAGCCUUAAUUUUUCGGUUUUUUGUAUUGAAAUCUAAUAACUAGAUCAGAAACAAAAUUUCACGUCAUUCGGAAAAAUUCGAUUUGAUGCUUCAAUUCGUGAUUUAGUGUGUGAGUGUGGGAUUUUGAGUUCCACACGCUUUUGACAGCCGGUAAGCAAAUCGAAAUAAAAGAGUGUCCGUGGCUGUGUUAGUGCAAAAAGCAUCAAAUUUGCACACAGGCAGUCAACACGAAAGUGUCAAAUUUUAUCCCAAGGAUUUCACUUCAGCAGAAUAGACGCUGUGUCGUGGGAAGCAUUUUCGUCAUUUCCAGUGUUAUAAGAACAAGUAUCGAAGUGCCCGAAAAUGCUGCAGAAAAAGUCGGCCGGUGGAGGAUUGUACGAUCCGAUGAUUAUUCCACGCGUAAAGCAGUACCUAGAGGAAAAUGUCCAUCAGACGUAUGUGGAUGUAGGAGUGAUGGCCCGUGAACUACAGGAUCGCUAUCGUGAAUAUACUAGACGGAAGGCCGUUCCAUUCCGGAUGUUGGUGGAACAAGCGUACAAAACGGUGCUGCACAGCUAUGGAUUGGACAGUAACCCGUCCAGCGAAAAUGAAGAAGACGGAAACUCGGACCUUGAGGUGAUGGAGGAUGGCGCAGGCAACAACGCUAACCAUAUGAAUGAUACGCUAACCAAUAUGUACAUGAACAACAAGAAUAAGGCUUCAAGUGGAACCGGAGCUGCUGGAGGUGGUAACGAUGGUGAGGCAAUUGAUAUCAGUAGUGAUGAGGACGAUGAAGGUGGAAACUCGCGGGAUAAGGAGAAAGCCGUCUCAACCACGAGCGAUAGGAUGAAGUUGAUUGAAACUCAAAUCGCGUCCAACAAGCAUAUUACCGUUACAAAAGUGACCCGGGCUGAGAAACCAAGAUCCGGAGAUGAAGCUGUUGAUUCCAGCAACGGAAGCACCAACGGUCCUCGUAAAGCGUCUGAACCGAUAUUGUUGCAACAAGCCAAGCGCCGCCGAUUGGAACAGGGUAACUUAGCUCAGAAUUCCGAAAUCAGCAACAGUUCUAAUCCGUUGCUCCAACACUUGCAACCGGUGGUACAUGCUCAACCGCGACCCGUGUCGCAAAACGGGAAGUCUGUUGCACCCAGACAGGAAUCGGGACCAAGUCAUGCUCGCUCCAAACGGUUCAAAAAAGAAGUUUGCGCUCGUUUCAUCGAAACAAACUUUGACGAUAUUGGUGGAAUGGAUCGGAUUCUGCGGGAGUUGUGUGAGCUUCUGUUACACGUUAAACAUCCCGAAGUUUACCGUCAUAUUGGAUUGCCACCCCCGCGUGGAUUUUUGCUACAUGGACCGCCUGGAUCGGGCAAGACUCUGUUGGCCCAAGCAAUCGCGGGGCAACUGAAAAUAGGCUUGAUUGAAAUACCUGCCACAGAACUUGUCGCCGGAGUUUCAGGCGAAUCAGAGGAACGCAUACGAGAAGUUUUUGAGCAGGCAGCUGUUCUCUCGCCCUGUGUGUUAUUCAUUGAUGAAAUCGAUGCUAUUUCCGCAAAUCGCAUAAACGCCCAGAAGGACAUGGAACGACGCAUCGUUGCCCAACUGCUGAGCAGUUUGGAUGGCUUGUCCAGGAUGGAAGGAGGUGAUGGAGUGUUGGUAAUUGGUGCCACCAAUCGCCCUGAUGCGCUAGAUCCGGCAUUGAGACGUGUCGGUCGCUUUGAUCAAGAAAUUUCACUUGGAAUUCCGGACCGUGAAGCCAGAGCGCAAAUUCUGAAGAUUAUUUGCCGGAACCUUAAGAUUCAGCAAACGAUUGACUAUGAUGAGCUAGCUAAACUAACGCCGGGAUAUGUUGGAGCAGAUCUGUUGGCUUUGGCCACCAGGGCAGCUACUACUGCUAUCAAAAGAAUGCUCACAGAACACGAACAGCAGGAGAUGAUUGCCGAAGCUAGAAGACAAGCUGAAAUAGAAGCUUACCGGCGUAAGAAGCAAGCGGAAGUGCUAUCGAGAAAGGAUGAGGAUGAUGAUGAUGUCGCCAUUAUGGAAGUUGAAGAUAUACCUCGACCGGCAACAGUUACACAGGGUAAUUUGAAUGGCGAUGUUUCGACAGAUGACGUCGUUGCCUUGGAAGAUGACAUCGAAGAGGUGGUCAACUUAGAUGAUGAUAAAGAUGAAGCACCGGAAGCGAAAGAAGCGGAAAAGAAGGAAUCCGAAGUUGUAAUGAAAGAUUCUGAAGUCGAAGUUGAAAAGGUUGAUGCGGAAAAAUCCUCCGAAGAACCGAAUAAAGUGACAGAGGAAUCGAAAAAGAAUGACGAGGCAAAAGAAGCGGAAAUGGCUGUUGCUGAAAAGGAAGCUGACGACAAAAAGGUAGAGGAAACACCGGCUGAUUCUGCUGAAGCUAAACCUGCUGAGGUGGAAAAAAUGGACGAUAGUGAGGCUAAGGAAGCUACCACAGAAGAUCCAAUAACAAAGGAAGCAGAAAAACAGUCUGAUGAAGCUAAACCUGUCGAAAUCGAUGACGAUAUCGAGAUGGUUGCGGACAGUAGCACUUCCGGGGAUAAAGUUGAAACACAGGAAGCGAAAUCGACCACCGAUAUCGUCGAAAAAGCUCCUGCUGAAACCAGUGAGGCUGAGGAGAAAGCUGAGGUAGUUGUAGAGGAGUCAGAAAAAGCGAAGGAAGUUGAAGGAACCGUAGAUGAACAAAUGGAACCAGAGACAGUUGUGGAUGUUCCUUUCCAAUUACCUCAUGCCGUUCUCACCCUGGACAAGUUGUUAAAUUUAUUACUGGACCAUUCUAGUCCUCUACAGGACGAGGAGCUGUAUAACUUAUGCAUUGAAAGGGACGACUUUAUUCAGUCGCUAAAAUCUGUUCAACCCUCGGCCAAACGAGAAGGCUUCAUAACCGUUCCGGAUGUUACAUGGAAUGAUAUCGGUUCUCUGGGUGACAUUCGUGAGGAAUUAAAGCUAGCUAUUUUAGCGCCGGUUAAAUUUCCGCAUCGUUUGAAGCUGUUGGGACUGAACACUCCUUCGGGAGUGCUGCUAUGUGGUCCGCCCGGUUGUGGUAAGACCCUUCUGGCGAAAGCUGUGGCUAACGAAGCUGGUAUCAAUUUUAUUUCCGUUAAGGGACCAGAGCUGUUGAAUAUGUACGUUGGCGAAUCGGAACGCGCCGUUCGUCAAUGCUUCCAGCGUGCCCGCAAUUCCGCUCCGUGUGUUAUCUUCUUCGACGAGUUCGAUUCUUUGUGCCCAAAACGAUCGGACAGCGGCGAGGGCGGUGCUGGAACCCGUGUCGUAAAUCAGUUGCUCACCGAAAUGGAUGGCAUCGAAGAUCGUAAGGGAGUGUUCCUGAUGGCCGCCACAAAUCGACCGGACAUUGUUGAUCCAGCCGUUCUUCGCCCUGGCCGGUUGGAUAAGAUCCUGUAUGUAGGACUUCCGGCCGAGGUGGAUCGGGUGGAUAUCCUGCGUGCUUUGACCAAGAAUCGCACUCAACCCUCUCUGGCGGAGGAUGUCGAUUUAAGCACUAUCGCACGAUUAACCGAGGGAUACACCGGUGCCGAUUUGGCAGGUCUCGUACGACAGGCGUCUUUGCAAACCCUCAAGGAUUCAAUAGCUGCGUGUAGCAGUGAAGACAACAGCUCAGCCGAAGCGGAAGAACAACUCACAGUCGGACUGGUCCACUUUCAGGCAGCGAUACGGAACAUCAAACCGUCCGUUAAUGAAGAGGACAAGAAGCAUUAUGAACGGUUGAAGCUGAAGUAUGGAACACCAGCAGCGCAAUAAGCUGCAGGGAAGCGACAUAGAAAUUUUAAGGACAUGAUUUAGCAUUUUAGUGAUUAAGAAUCAAAAUACUGAAACAAACCUUACUACUCGUAGUCAGAAAGUUAGAAAAAAGUUAAUUUUUUAAAUUAACGAGCUAAUUCAGAUUCGAGAUGUAGAAACCAGUUUUUUUCUACUGUCCUCAUUAAAACAUCCUAGUUUAAAGCAGCACUAAACGAUUGGAUGAGCCUCAAGCAUAAAAAUGUAUUUAGUGGAAACGAUAAUUUCUUUUACCAGAACGCAGGCCCAUUGAUGUAUUUUUUGACAUUACUAUAUUACAUAUAAUUUUGUCUUAUGAACACAAACGUUUGACAGGAGAAACGCUUUUCUUUUCUCUAAAAAAGACCUUUUGGUAUUUCACUAGAAAUUCUGCAAAAGAUAAUUGACAACACUGAAGUACAGGAUGCAAAAGUAUGUAAUGGAAUAAUACCUUGGAACCUAAA